CAGAGAACACACACAGGAGAGAAACUCUUCAAGUGCAGUGUGUGUGGGAAGGCAUUUUCACAUGCAUCUACUCUUAAAAUACACCAGAGAACACACACAGGAGAGAAACCUUUAUGUGCACUGUGUCAAAAAGCAUUUGCAGACUCAUCAGUUCUUCAGAACCACCAGAGAACACACACAGGAGAGAAACCCUUCAAGUGCACUGUGUGCGAUAAGGCAUUUGCACAGUCAUCAGUUUUUCAGAUCCACCAGAGAACACACACGGGAGAGAAACCCUUCAGGUGCACUCUGUGCGGGAAGGCGUUUGCACAGUCAGCAAAUCUUCAAAGACACCAGAGAACACACACAGAAGAGAAACCCUUCAAGUGCAGUGUGUGUGGGAAGGCAUUUUCAGCUUCAUCUACUCUUAAAAAUCACCAGAGAACAAACACAGGAGAUAAACCCUUCAAGUGCACUCUGUACGGGAAGUUGUUUGCAGAUUAAUCACACCUUCAAAGACACCAGAGAACACACAGGCAUCAGAAGAUCCCCAAGGAGUGGAGUCUGAAAUCGACUUGUGAAAGUUAAAGUGCUGCAAUUUAAUCACUCAUGAAACAAGAACCAGAACAAAAUCCCAGCUUGGACACUUUGAAUGGUAUCAAGGUUAAAUAUGAAGAGGCAACGGUGAAAUAUGAAGAGGUGAAAUUUGAAGAGGCGAUGGUGAAUGUGAAAUGACAGUGAAAAGCGAAGAAGUGAAGGUAAAAUGUGAAGAUGAAGAUUCAACUCCAAAAUAAGGCAACGUGAAGCAGGAGGAGAAUUCUGACUCUGAUGCAGAGCGAGGCAACUCCCAGCAGUUUGUAGAAGUGGAGGUGUGGGUGGACUUCCUAGACAAUACAAAGUCAUAAGGAGACCCUGUAGAUGUUUAAGUUUGAGACAAUGAAGCUCCAAUAGAUUCACCUUUGUCACGGGCCUUUAAUGAUAAUAACGUGAAGUUGAACACUCAAUUCCUAGGUUCAACCUGCAGAGUAAGAGCGGCCAGUAUUAGUGGACCUGUGGGUUGGGUAGAUGUCUAACCAGGAGCGAGAGCUAAUAAGCUCCCAAGCAUUCACUAUGUUAUGAGAAUAAUAAUAUUUGCAUGCGUACGGUGCUUAAUUGCCCAUAAUAGAGCUUUUCUUUUUUUUAGAUCGCGUACAUAUAAAAUUUUCAUGAAACCAGCCACUACGUGAUUUGUUCUCCAAUGCACCGGUGUGCUAUACUAGUGUAGUGACAUCAGGGACGUCACUAUAUGGUGUUGGUCCGGGAGGGUCGUGGCGUGCGAUGUUCCUAUGUCGCGGACAGCACUGGGUGGUUUGCUGUGUGAUGCCGGCUUUACUAUAGCACGGCGUGCGAUGCACCGUCAUCACAUACACCCCGUAGAUGGGUGUAGUACCAUACCUAGCGGGGCUUGGUGAGCGCUGGGAUAGUGUGGGCAUAGCAUGUAGUGCAGGCUCCCACAAGGUGGAGCGGGAGAGUGUCAGCCCAG